GGUCGAAAUAUAAAUGGUAAAUGGACUAUAAUUGUUAUUUAGCGAUGUUCUAGUCUUCCGACCACUCAAAGCGCUUCAACACCUCAUGUUCAUUCGCCCAUUCACACACAUUGAUACACUGAUGACUGAUUGGAGGACGACGUGCUCCCCGCAGUCACGCAAAGGUUUAAAAAGUAAAUUAGCAAGCGGAACCUUAAUGCGACUUGGGUUUCCAGUCGGAACUUUGUCGUGUGACACCCACCCGUUGCUCGGUGUUGUAGCAGCGCUUCUAAUUAUUUCAUCGGUAACCAAGCAGAAAUGUCUUCAGUCGAGGCUUUGAGAGAGUUCGUCAACGAGCGACUUUCUGCUGCUGCUGAAGAAAUAUUCGGAGUUUUUAAAAGAACCAUCGUCGAGUAUCAGGAAGAGAUCGACCGGCAGCGCGAACUGUUGGAGGUUUUUUGGAAACCCGAAGUGAGGUUACACAGGAUAAAGAUCCCACAGUCACGUGUGUGUAAGGAGGAAGAGGUUCUCUCUGACCAGCAGCUCUGUCUCCAGGAGAGGAUCACCAGUCUGGACCAAGAGGACCCUGAUCCUCCACAGAUUAAAGAGGAACCGGAGGAGCUCUGCAGCAGUCAGGAGGGAGAGCAGCUUGAACCAAAGCAGGAGACCUUUAUGUUGACACCUACUUGUGAGGAAAGAGACCACGGUGAAGAUCAACUUCUGGAAUCGUGUACUGAUGAAACACUCAUUGUGCUACAGGAAACAUCUCUAGGCUACAUCUCAGUUAAAAGCACCGCUGUAGAUGAACCAAGCAAUGACCACCAGCUUCUCUCUCACAACUCUCAUCAAUCUGAUAGCAUAGAUGAGAAAGGAGUAAAACAUAGUUUAACAUCAAGCAAGAAGCCAACUCCUCCAGGUGAAAAGCCAUGUUUGUGCACAAAAUGUGGGAAAUACUUUAAACAUAAAUAUGGCUUGUUGGCCCAUGUUAGAAGAGCUCACAGUGUUGAUCAACCAUAUGUAUGCGACACCUGUGGGAGAAGAUUCAUUCAUGAAUCAGCAUUUAAGACUCAUAAAAGAGUCCAUACUGAUGAGAAGCCAUUUUCUUGCGAAACAUGUGGAAAGAAAUUCAAAUUUAGUAGUGGCUUAAGCGGCCACAUGCACAUUCACACUGGGGAAAGGCCAUAUUCUUGCAAAUAUUGUGGGAAAACAUUCACUGGGAACUCAGGAUUGAAGUUUCAUACAAUAAUCCACACUGGGGAAAGGCCAUAUUCCUGCAUCACCUGUGGGAAAACAUUCAAACGGACAGAAUCAUUGAAGCUUCAUUCAAGAAUCCACACUGGUGAAAGGCCAUAUUCUUGCAACACCUGUGGGAAAACAUUCAAUCAGCAAUCCGGUUUGAAGAAGCAUACAAGAAUCCAUACUGGGGAAAGGCCAUAUCCUUGCAUCACAUGUGGGAAAGCAUUCAUUCUGAAAUCAAGUUUGAAAUCUCAUAUAAAAGUUCACACCAGGGAGAAACCAUAUUCCUGUAAAAUAUGUAAAAGAGAUUUCAGUGAAUCUAGUAACUUGAUCGCCCACAUGAGAAGAAUCCACAAGGGUGAAACGUCUUAGAUGCAACUUGUGAGGAAAUAUUUUUAAGUCCGUGGCGUAAGUUUCCAGAAUGGAACAAAUAUUUCUCACUUGGGUAUGUAGCGGCAUGGACCCUCCUCCUCAUGCAAAUCCUAUGUAAACUAUUAUCUUCUCGGCCAUGGGUUUGCUGUAAAGUUUUUUUUUUCUAACUUUAUUGAGAUUCUAGCCAAACACAGUGAUUUGGAUGUAAUACAGCGUCUUUAAUAAAGUGAUGUGAUGUCUUCCAUCUUGUCAAUUUCCAAUUUCGUCAUCUUAAAUUAUAUAAAAUUAAUUUGAGAGUAUGGCUGCAAUUAA